AUGGAACAUCAAGAAGCUAAGGGGGUAGAGACGCCACAAACCAGCCCCAAGGGCAUCGAUCGUGCAAUCCUACCGACGCCAACGUCGAAAGGAGCAUCGAUAGGGAAGGAGAGACGCGAUAGAGCUAUUCCUCUCACAGGAAUGGCAUGGGGAAGCCUGGCCUUCAACGACGAAGAUGGCGGGGUGGCCAGGUCGGCGGUGAAAUUCGAUGAGCGCCCGGGGCGCGGAGCAGGAGGCGGAGACCGACAACGCAAGGUCGGGGAGGAAGACGACGGAGGUCUGAAGGGGCCUUGGGCCGGAACUGAGCUGUGCAAGGAGGAGGAAGGCUUCCGAACGGGUGGGGAGCUGAUCGCUAGGUCGGACCGAUCCCUGAGGCCACCGUGGAUCGGGCGGAUGGACAACCCAGUCAGGGCUAGAGUCCGGCGGACAAGGCGCACGAAACCGGGAGGGCCGCGAGACAGGGAAGGCUCGCACUACUGA